CCCACCCCCUGCGCCACAGCCGAACCACGUCGGUGGAGGGAAAAGCAACUGCGGUCACCACAGAGCCGGAAGUGAAAUGCAGCUCUUGACCCAAGAUGGCGGACAUCCACCGGGAACUGCAGGACUACCUGGCGCAGGGAAAAUCGGGCACACAGGCGGCAACGGAGCCGCUGCUCACUGCGGAAAAGGCAGAGGAAACCGAAGCGGGAGACGGGACAGUAGGGUCGUGGCUGGCCCUGCACUGGGAGUGGGCGCGGAGCACCACGGGGCCGGAGGCGGGCGUGGGCUGUCUGCCCAAAGUGACACGCGCGCAGCAGCUGGCGGCGAGCGGCGUGUGUCUGCUACUGGCCACGCUGUGCUUCGGCCUGGCCGCGCUCUACGUGCCCGUGCUGCUGCUGCGUGCCCGCAAGUUCGGGAUACUCUGGUCGCUAGGCUCCACGUUAGCGCUAGCUGGAGGCACGAUCCUGCGGGGCGCGGCGGCGUACAGGUGUCUACUGCGGUGUGAGGAGGCACCCUCGCGGACCAUGAUGCUCUACGUGGCUGCCCUGGGCGCUACGCUGUACGCAGCGCUGGGCUUACGCAGUACGUUCCUCACGGCGCUAGGCGCCUGCGCACAGGUGGCUGCGCUAUUGGCUGCUUUGAUUGACCUGCUUCCUCGAGGAGCCGGCACUGCACUUCGCUUAGUGUUGGGACGGAUGUGCUCCACUACCGGCCUUGCCAAAACGCUACCAGUAUGAGAACCCAGUGCCAGCCCCCUGAGCCAGGGACCGCAGCUGCCAGCUCCCAGACCACGCAGGCAGAGACCGCCUUCACCGCGCCAGCCUAUGUGUAGACACACAGCGACAGAUACGAGCCGUUUCUGCUACACUCGGUAGCUUGUGCUCUGAAAAUGAGACUUGGUCAUUGAGUUGGUGAUAUGCUGUGAAACAUGAUGAAUUGCUUUUGUAUUAACUAUGGUCAGUGUAAGACCACAGUAAAUGUAAACUCACAGCAUUAAAAAAUGCCUCUAAUUA